UUCUUUGUUGCUCUUGCAGUCUUGCUCCCAUUCACAUCUCUCUCUCGGCCGCGUUUUCUCUCAUAUCUCUCUUUAAUCAAACAAACUCUCUGCUGCAAACCAAUUCUUCCAUCAUCUUCUUCUUCUCUUCUUGUUCUUCGCAGCUACUGUAUUAGAGAUUAGAACACAUUUGGCCAUCUUCUCUUCUUCUUCAUCAUCUACUUCUUCUUCUUCGCAGCUACUGUUUCAGAGAUUAGAGCCCAUCUGGCCAUCUUCUCUUCUUCUUCAUAGCUUCUACUGUCUCCAUGUUUCUCCAGAUCUACCGCGUGGAUUCGUGUUCUACGUACGCAUUUGUUUUAAAUCCACAAAAUCACUGAACCUGAGACGAUCGACCACCGUCGAUCAUAAUUCCUCCACUGAGAUCCCAGCUCAGACCACUCGCCUGGCUGAUUUGUUGGAGAAGCUGCAGAUGGAAGAUAUGGACUUGUGAGCUGCCUUUACUCUUAAUUCCAAAAGUUGUUUCCUUCGCGGCCACAAUUUACUCUUUCAUUGUUCGAAUGUACACGGCCAGUCAAAGUCGUCGUUGACUCAUUGACAGAGAGUCAUCAGUCAAAGUUGUCUCUGCUAGUUGUUAUCUGCAGAUCGAGUGUAGGGUUGCGAAUCUCUCACCUCCAUUUUUACAACUUUUCCUGAAUUUGUGAGCUCCAUUGAUUAUGGAGUCUUUGAUUGUAUCUGCGCUGGUAGAUAAGCUCUUUGGAAGGUUGACUGAGGCUGUUUCUGGUGAAGUGCGAACUCGCAGAGAGUUCAGGGUGGAGAUCGAGAAGAUGCAGCAGACGUUGCAGCGGAUUAGAGCGGCGAUAGAAGAUGCAGAGGAGCGGCAGAGGAAAAGUGAUAGGGUGAAGGAUUUGCUGAUAAAUCUCAAAGCAAUCGCAGUCGAUGCUGGUAAUCUGCUUGAUGAGGUUGCCACCCUAGUUCUGCGAAAGCAAUUGAUGAAAGAGGAAUCUCACGGACUACGUGCUGCCACUAAGAAAGACUUAUUUAGACUACGUUACCAAUGCAACAUGUCCAGGGUUAUUCACACACCAGGUGCUCAGACCAGAUAUCUCAUAUUCAAGCUUUUUGAAGCACAAGAAGAGUUUGACAACGACAUUAUUCAAGGGAUACUGCUUCAUCUAGGAAUUGGUGAGCUGCAGAGUACUAAAAUACUGGCAGACUUUCAAAGUGCCCCACUUGCCAGUGGAAAGGGAAGUAAGCAGAUGUAUCUAACGAGGGUAGUUUAUUAUGAGCUUUAUCUUUCACGUCCGAAGGACAGGAUUGGUGUGAUAAUGAGAGAGAUUGGAGAGCGUACAAAAUAUGAGGUAAGGAAAACUUGCUUAACUCUUGAGUCGAUUUCUACUUACCGUAAGAAGUCACGCAGACUAAAGGAGCUUAACGCAAGAUGGAAUGAUGUAGACAAGGAAAUGUCUAGGUUCCAGUUCAAAAAAACUGAGUCUUAUAGACGGUCAACUACCAGGGAGAGACGAGAAACUGGACCCUUUCCCAAUGAGUCAAUGGUCUAUGGCAGAGAAGAGGAUGUGAAUAAGAUUGUGCGGAUGCUAUUGUCUUCCAGUAGUGGUCCUGAAGUUGCAGUAAUUCCCAUUGUUGGAAUUGGAGGGAUGGGGAAAACAACACUUGCUCAGUUAGUCUACAAUGAUCCGAGGGUUACAAGCCACUUUCAAUCUUUGAUGUGGGUGUCUGUCAAUGGUAAGUUUAACCCGGCAGAGAUCAUAAAUCAAAUGUUGAGUUAUGUCAGAGAGGGCAGCCAUGACCUGUUUCAGAUUGGGUUGCUGCAAUCUCAAUUGAGAGAGUCCUUACUGGGAAGAAGAUACUUAAUAGUGCUUGAUGAUGUGUGGAAUGUGGAUGAAGAUGAAUGGGAUAAAGUAAUGAAUCCAUUGAAAGGCUCCGAGGGUGGAAGUAAAAUUAUAUUAACCACCUGGAAUGAGGCGGUUGCAGACAUAACUAGGACAUUUCCCUCUUUUCGUUUGGAACCACUAAGAAAAGAAGAGUGCUGGAAGUUGUUCAAGCACCGAGCCUUUGCAGAUGGAACAGAGGAUGAUUUUCCGAGGCUACUGCAGAUCGGUGAGAAAAUAGUAGACAAGUGCCAAGGUGUCCCAUUUGUUGCAAAUAUGCUUGGAAUCAUGCUGCGCUUUAAAAGAGAAGCAAACGAUUGGUUACAUGUGCAAGAAAGUGAACUAUGGAGUAUUGAUGCAGGUGAAAACAGAAUUCUAUCCAUCUACAGGCUGAUUUACAAUCAUUUGCCAUUGCAUCUGAUAGCUUGCUUUGCAUAUUGUUCAAUAUUCCCAAAGAAUUAUGAGAUUAAUAAGGAAAAGUUGAUCCAUCAAUGGCUCGCACAUGGCUUAAUUCCUUAUAAUUCAGGGUCUUCAUUUGAGCUGGAGGACAUUGGCAAUGAGUAUUUUAAGGAUUUACUAAUGAUGUCUUUCUUCCAAGAAGUAAGAAAACCUGAUGACAGAGGUAUGGCAGAAUUUAAGAUGCAUGAUCUUAUUAAUGAUCUUGCAAAAUCAGUAGCUGGUGAGGAAUUCUUGACUCUGGGAGAGGAAUCCUCGACUCUAGGACAGGAUAUUCUCUCAAAGACAUGUCAUGCAUCAGUUGUUUGCAGUUCUAGCUCUAUUUUGACCCCUGAAGCCUUGUGUGAAGCAAAGAGAUUGCAAACCCUCAAUUUCCUGUCACCAAGAGAGGAUUAUAUGGAAGCCAUUCCAACCGUACUAGCAACUUUCAAACAUCUCAGAAUGCUGAAUUUCAGUGGAUCUGGAAUUAAGAGUCUCCACCAAGAGAUUGGUGGGCUACUGUCCUUGCGGUAUCUUGAUCUAUCAAAUACUCUCCUAGAGACGAUGCCAGCGACUAUCUGUGGUCUGUGCAAUUUGCAGACCCUGAAUCUCUCAAGUUGUAUUGAGCUCAAGGAGUUACCAAGUGGUACUACCAAGUUAAUAAAUCUGAGACAUCUGAACAUAGAUGAUUGUCCAAGACUUGCUGGCAUGCCCCCAUCCAUGGGAAUUUUACGACGACUUCAAACUUUGCCGGUAUAUAUCGUCGGCCCCAACUUUGAAACUUCUAUUUUUCAGCUCUCAUCAAUGAAUCUACGAGGGAAGUUAAAACUCAAAUGUCUGGAGGAUGCUAAAAUUCCGUCUGGGAACAACAUGAUUAAAGUAUGGAUGAAAACGAGAGAAUUUUCUUCAUUGGAACUGUUGUGGCAAAAUGACGGGUGCAAGCUAGAUCAUAACAGAUCUAGGCAAGCUGGCAGGCAAGUUGAUGGUCAAACUGAUCUUAUUCUGGUGGAUUCUUUGACUGUAUCGCCCUCUAUAAAAAAGUUGUCAAUAAAUGGUUAUUCUGGAACCAAGUUCCCAGAGGAGAUGAGUUGGCCUCGGAACUUGACUGAGCUAAAUAUAAUUAAUUGCAGAAGAUGUGAAAGUCUUCCUCCACUCGGUCAACUUCCUGUCCUGAAGAUCCUCAACAUCCAAGGAAUGGAUUCUGUUGUGCGCAUUGGUGUCGAAUUCUCUGGUGAAGGUGACAGACCGUUUAGUUCUCUUAAAGAGCUAUCCCUCAAAGACUUUCCUGAAUUAAGAACUUGGCGUAGUAUUGAUUCCGGAGAAGUAUUUACUUGCCUGGAAAAACUUAUUAUCACAAAUUGUCCUUUUUUGACAACCAUGCCAUGGUUUCCACAUCUCCGAGACUUGAAGCUGAGCAAGUGCAUGCAGCUUGACUUAGUAUGGUCAGUAUCAAAGCUUACCACACUCUCUACUCUUGUUAUUGACUCCUUUCCACAGUUGAGCUUUCUACCAAAAAAAUUGGUGCAAAACAAUUCACAUCUGAUAUCAUUAACUGUUACUUCCUGCCCCAAUAUUAGCUCACUACCUGAAAAUCUGGGAAACCUCACUGCUCUGAAAUCGCUGAAAAUUGAAUGGUGUCACGGGCUAGAUACUUUGCCAAGUGGACUAAAGUACCUCACUUCACUGGAGAACUUGGAAAUAGUUGAUUGUCGUGGUUUAAUCUGUUUGCCAGAGGAAGGCAUGGAAGGCUUGUGCUCACUUCGGUCAUUUUCAAUUGAGAACUGUUUGAACUUAACCUCUUUGCCUAUGGGGAUGAAAAACCUCACAUCCCUUGAGAACCUCAUGCUUAUGUGUUUAAAUCUGGUUCAUCUACCAGAGAUUUUUCAAUACCUCUUGGCACUUAGAAGCCUGACGAUUAGAAGCUGUGAAGAGCUUACAAGUCUGCCGGUGGGACUGCAACAUGUCCAGAAUUUACAAUUCUUGGAAAUUCAUCGCUGCCCGAAACUGAUGGAAUUGCCUGAGUGGGUGGAGCAUCUUGUUUCACUUCGUUCCUUGAAAAUCUUAGACUGCCGAGAAAUAAAGUUCUUGCCAAAAGGUCUACAAUGUCUUGGAGCGCUCCAUCACCUGUCCAUAAUUGACUGUCCUGUCCUUGAGAAGCGCUGCGAGAUGAAAACUGGUGAGGACUGGCAGAAGAUAUCUCAUAUUCCAUAUAAACAUUUUGGAUCAUCAGCAGUGCAGCACAGGCAAGACAUUGCAUCCACCACACAGAAUCCUUAGUGGCCUUUGCAUUAUUGGUGGCUGACAUACAAAGGAAGCCAAUAUGUUGCAUCACUUGACAACAGAUUCAUGAAGAUUAGCUACAUCAAGAUAAGAGAGUCUUUGUUUCCAGUUACAUCUUCGCCUUUUUUUCUGAAAAAUCAUGUGUAUUUUCCCUUAGCUUGGAGGAAGCAAUUCAGAUAAACAUUGGAUUUUGCUUGAUCUGGUGCUGCCAUGUGAAAAUGAGGGAGAGUAGAAGGAUUUUCAUGGCCAAGUGGUUGCCAUGACUUCUGUAGAUCUGAUUGUGGCGAAACUCACUGGUCGUUUUAUCACUAGUCAAGUCCUGGGACAAAAGUUGAAAGAAAUGGAAGGUGGCCUGGGUAAUGGCUAAGUCAUCCACUCAAGCUGUCUUGUGCAUCUCUGAGGUUACUUUGUUGGUUUAUAUUUUUCAGUUCUGCGUUUGUGUUGGACUGUUGGUCAGUUCUGUUAUUAAAUCCCUUUAUGGUUUUUUGUUGCUUGUUUAGUUGUUUUUGUGUUGGGAGACUUGCCUCUUUGUAGCUCCUAUUUGGUUCAGUAAAGCCAAUUUACCAAAAGAACAGCUUAACUGACUCUGCAAAAUAGUGUCUUGCAAGCAUGGACUUUCCUUUUAUUUGUUCAAAAAAGAGCUUUGCACCGAUAAGGGCUCUCUUUUUCCUUUUUUUUUUUUAGGUCAACUACCAAGUGAACACUCCCAGUCUCCCACCUUAGUCUCUUUUUGCCACAUUUUAUAAGGUAAUGUAUUUCUGUAUUCUUUUAAGUAAUUUUAUGAAAAAAGACUCUUCCAUCACCUGCUCAGGCACUCAUCCCCCUUCUCACCAAGGUCAUGGUGGCUCACAUGCCGGACUGACCGGUGAUCAGACCCAUGAAUG